AUGAACGACGCAGAUCUCAAACCCAGUAGCAGUCACAUCACCCUGGACAUUGAGAAAGAGAAAGAGUCGGCAUCUCAUGGCCAACGAACGUGCAACAUGGACGCAGAGGGCAGCGCGUCAGGUCCUAUCACCAAGCUGGCUAAAGAUGGACACACGGUCCUCAUCCCGCAGCCCAGUGAUGAUCCCGAGGAUCCUCUGAACUGGUCUCCAUUCAAGAAGCACCUUGUCCUUUUUAUCAUAUCAUGGGCCGCCCUGCUGCCAGAUUAUGGCUCCGGCUCGGGUGCUGUGACGUUGCUCCAACAAGCAGCAAUCUGGAACAUGAAUCCGGAUACUGUGAAUCAUUCUCAGGUCGGGAAUGUCUUCAUGCUGGGCGCAGGCGGCAUUUUCGUUGUCGCCUUGUCUGCAUAUUUCGGUCGCCUUCCUGUUCUCUUCUGGUUCCUUCUGCUUGCUAGCGCUACUGCGGCUUGGUGUGCUGCGGCCGUCACUUUCGAAAGCUUUAUGGCUGCGCGUAUCCUGAAUGGAUUUUUUUCCACAGUUGCCCAAGGUGGAGGCUUGAUGUUUAUCAACGACAUAUUCUUUUUUCAUGAACGGGCUAGGAAGAUCAAUAUUUGGGCAUGCUUCAUCAUUGUCAGUCCGUAUUUGGGUCCCCUACUCACUGCCUUCAUCAUCACAACCCAAAAAUGGAAUAUUGCGUUUUGGUUAUUCUUUGCUAUGUGUUGUAUAGCUCUGAUUUUAACCGUUCUCUUUGUGCCUGAGACGUAUUACAACAGAGAGCAUCACGACAGCUCUUCGAACGGAUCCCGUAUUCUCACCAUUCUAGGUGUUCACCAACGCCGUGUGGAUCUACUGAAGCCAAAUUCUCCAGUUGAUGCGCUUCUUCGACCAUUCAAAGCUAUAUUUAAGCUCCCAGUCUUCUUGAUAUCCUUCUAUUACGUCCUGACGUUUGCUUGGAUCGUCGGAAUCAGCUCUACAUUAUCAAUCUUCUUGGCUCCGCUUUACGAUUUUGGUCCAAAGCAGAUCGGUUUCUUUUAUUUUACACCGGUGGUUGCCACACUCCUCGGUGAAAUCUCUGGCCACUGGAUCCAUGAUCUCAUUGCACAGCAGUAUAUCAAUAAGCACAAUCGCAGUUUCGAGCCCGAAGUUCGCCUCCGAGCAAUCUACAUCUCGACACCUUUUAUGGUCGCGGGCAUGGUCCUUCUGGGAUUCUCCCUAGAGAAUGGAUACCACUACAUGCUUACCUCCUUGGGAUGGGGCAUGUAUGUUUUUGGCAUCAUGAUCACUACCGUCGCUAUCAACGCCUACGGCCUGGACAGCUAUCCUGAGGGAAGUGGAGAAGUUGCCGCCUGGAUCAACAUGGCCCGGACUACCGGUGGCUUCAUUAUUAGCUAUUUCCAAGUGACUUGGGCAGGUGCUGUGGGUGCGAAGAGCAGCUUCGGCGUGCAAGCUGCCAUCGUCGCGGGUGCUUCACUCAUUCCUGUGGGCUUGAUGAUCUGGGGCAAGGCGCUGCGAGAGAGGAGUGGAAGCCUUGGUUUCAAGACGGCAUGA